AUCUUCAAAAAAAAUGUUAUCUUUUUAUUUUAUUGAUUUGUGUUAUAUUUUGCACCGGUCAACCGAUAAAAUUUAUUAAUAUAGUCGUUAUUAAUUUAUAGAUUUGUUACUGUAUAUAGUUACAUGAAAACUCUAGAUUUGUAAAAUUCAAUUAAAUAAAUCAUCUGAACUAUGUUAUAAUCAUUCUUUCAUUUCAACCCAAUUUUUUUUUGAAGUUUAAUUUAUGAUGAAAAUCCGGUAUCAUACUCCAACAUUUGCUUGUUAACACCUCAUUAGCUCAUUUUGAUUUAAUCAUAGCUAGUCAAUAUAUUUUAAUUGUUAACUAGCGCGCAGGUUUUUGUUCUUGAUAAUUAUAUAUUUUAACUCAUGGAAAUCACAUAAGUUAAAUUGUUUAUACUUAUUAUAUUAUAGAUUUGAUGUUAUUCAUGUUUGACAUUGAGAUUGUCUUUUUCUUUUCUUGUGCUUUUAUUUAAUUUAUUUGGUAAAAUAAACAGUAAAGUGUUAAAGGUUUAAGUAUACUUGUGGGUUUUAGUAAAUUAUAUUAUAAAUAUUUUCUUUUAAAGUUGAAUAUAUUGUUCAAAAUUUUUAUUGAGUUUUUUUAAAUAAAUACAUUAUUUAGAUAAAAAAAAUGAAACCAAGUUACAAAAAGAACAUUCAAAAAUAUGAAGAGAAUUAAUGUCAAAAAUAAAAAUAAGAACAGAUUUUAAAAUUUUUAUUUUGCAAACUUAAUUUAUAUUAUUAAUUGGGCCAUUUUUUAUGAUUUUAAAGUUCGUCCAUCAUAAUUUACAAUUACAUAGUGGAUAUGAGCCCAUAAUUUACAAUCACAUAGUGGAUAUAAGCGCAUAAUUAUCAAUAAAAACCUUUUCCAAUGAUCCAAGUCCAUAUGUUAUUUUUCCAAGAAAAAAAUAAAAACGCUUUUCCCAUCUACCGACUUUUCUUAUCCCAUCAAAAGUUCUCUAUUCUUAUCUCUAUUCUUAUCUCUUUCCCCGCAGCCGACAAAAUUCUGACGCAUGCUUUCUCACAAUUGAUCUAAAUAAGUUAAUGUCUUCACUCUAAGAUUAUCAGAAGAUAGAUCUAUUGAUAACUUCAUCUUUUGGCAUAAAGGUUCGAGUUUCUUGAUUGAGGUUUGCUUGAGGUUUUAGGAUAAUUAGGUUCUUCUAAUCUACAUUCUUUGUUUUGAUUUUUCAGAGACCAGCUAAGGUAUGAAAUACCAAGAGCUUUCAAUCGGGGAUGAAUAUUUCUUAAAGCAUUUUGCAUAAUUGUAAAAAUAUAAUCUAUAACUGAAUAGUCAUUUAUGGAUAAAAUAUUUAAAAGAACUUAAAUAUAUAUACAAUAUAUUUGCAGAUUUUUAGUUGACGAUGCUAACUAAUUUUUCGUAAAAUUUUAAAUUUAGAAUCAUAAUCAGUUAUUUACGGAUAUAUAUGAAUUCAUCAAAAUUCCUUCUUCUAAAUCUAAACAAUUACCAAAAUAAAAUUCACUAAGGUAUAUACAUUGAAUAAAUAAUUGUUAACUGCUUUUGGUCUAACGUAAUAUUUCAUAUUGGUUAAGUGGAAAUAUUUUCUUGGCAGAUUAAUAUAGAAAUUACUGGCAUACUGGAAAUAUUUCUUGGCAUAAUGUAGAACGAAAUUAAUGGGUUAGCGAAAGUAUAAACCUAUUGUGUUUAGAUCAGUGGCAUUAGAUUGUAAUUAUUAAAGAAAAUUCAGAAUCAAGUUUUAUUUGUACUCAUGUUUUAAUGGAUUAGAUUAAGAGUAUCCAAUGUACUCUAGGUGGAACUUGAUGUAAAUCUGAAAUGUUCAAAAAAAAAUCUUUUAGAGAAUAUAAAUAGAAAAAUAUCUCAUUAAUACUUUUAGAGUCGCGUCCACAAAAGAAAAAAAAUCUGUAAUGAGAUUGUUUUCAUAAAUGGUCUUGUUUUAAGUUUUUUGACAAAACAAAAAGGACAUAAGGAAAAUUUCUAAACCAUAUAUGUCUUUUCCAGGGUUUCUAUAUAAAUAGCUUUUAAAUGGUUUAUAGAUUAUGCAUAUUUGAUUAUUCUUUCAUUUGGAUUUAAAAAUGGCUUCUGGUCGUGAUAGCAGCUCAAGUGAUGAACAAGAAACUUCUCUGUACACCAGUGAUGGGGAUAAGAGGAUUUACCAUCGCCACUCUAAUCAUCAAAUUCAAAAGCUUGAAGCGUAUUUCAAGGAGUGUCCUCAUCCAGACGAUUUGCAGCAACUUAAAUUGGGCGAAGAACUGAAACUUAAACAAAAACAAAUCAAAUUUUGGUUUCAAAACAAAAGAACCCAAGCCAAAGUUCAAAAUGAAAAAGCAGACAAUGCAUCACUUAGAACAGAGAAUAUGAAAAUACGACGUGAGAACGAAGCAAUGCAAGAGGCAUUGAACACUGUGACUUGCCCUCCAUGUGGUGGCCCUCAUCCUGAGCAAGUAGAUCGCAAGCUCUAUUUCCAAAACCUCAGUGCAAAUAACGCAUAUCUCAGAGAAGAGCGUGACAAACUCUCAAUUUUGGUAUACAAGACCGAAGGCCAUCCAAAACCUAUUGUCAAUGCUUUAGCCUAUCUCCAUGGUCCAUCAUUGCACGCAUCGACUUCCAACAACCCACAUGUCACAUAUGGAACCUCUUCCAACCAUCUCGUGGAGCCGCCAAGCUUGUUAAGAGAACUAUACCUUCGUGAACACAUCAGCUUCGCCCAACCGCCUCAGCCGCGACAACUGCAAUGUUCCCCGCCACUAUCUAAUAUGGAGAAAGUGAUGAUGACUGAAGCGAUGGUAGCUGCUGUGACGGAGGUUAUAACUCUGAUUCAAACUGAAGAACCAAUGUGGAUUAAGUCGUCAAUCGAUAGUAGGCUCGUAAUUGAUCAAGAGAACUAUGAGAAAAAGUUUACUAAAAAUAGCUAUUUUAAGACUCGUAUUGAGUCUUCCAAGGAAAUCGCGGUGAUUCCAUUGGAUGCCAAAAACUUGGUGAACAUGCUCUUAGAUACGGAGAAAUGGGCGAGUCUUUUCUCAACAAUUGUGAGCAAAGCUAAAACAAUUCGCGUGCUGGAAUCCUCGAAAUUGAUGUAUGAGCAACUGCACAUACUGUCGCCAUUGCUGCCACCAAGAGAGUUUAUGAUUCUAAGAUGUUGCCAACAACUGGAGGAAGGUCUCUGGGUGAUUGCUGACGUUUCUUACCAUCAAGUAGCCUUUGAGUUUGAGUUUGGGACUCCGGCUUGCUACAAACGUCCUUCCGGUUUUCUCAUCCAAGCCAUGCCCAAUGGUCACUCUAAGGUGACGUGGAUGGAGCACGUGGAAGUAAAUGAUAAAGUGCGGGCACAUCGGAUUUACAGAGACCUCUUAUGCGGCGGCUUUGGCUACGGAGCUCGCCGUUGGACCGCUACUCUUGAGAGAAUGUGUGAGAGGCUAUCUCUCUACUCUGUCUCUGACUUCCCGACGACUGACGACCCCGGAGUUGUGAAAACCAUAAAUGGAAGAAGGAGACUCAUGGAUUUAGGAGAAAGAAUGUUGAAGAAUUUUGCAUGGAUACUAAAUAUGCCUGAAAAAUCUGAUUUUUCGCAACAGUCUGCAACCAACAGCAGCGGAGUUAAUAUUUCGGUGCGUGUAAACAAAGAAGCCGGCCAACCGGUCGGUCUCAUUGUCUGCGCUUGUUCAUCUUUAUGUCUCCCUCUUGCUCCUCUCCAAGUCUACAACUUCCUUAAAAAUCUCGAGGUUCGCCACCAGUGGGACGUUCUCUGCCAUGCGAGUCCGGUUACUGAGGUCGCUCGCUUUGUCACUGGAGCAAACAAUAAGAACUGUGUGAAUAUUCUCCAGCCUUCAAGUGCAGCGGAGGGUGGUGACUUGAUGAUAAUACAAGACAGCUUCAUAGAUGCAUUAGGAGGUAUGGUGGUCUACGCUCCAGUGGACCUAAGCACUGCACACGCUGCCGUUUCAGGUAAUGUCAAUCCUUCUGACAUUCCAAUCCUCCCAUCCGGUUUCGUCAUCUCCCGUGACGGCCGUCCCUCCGCAACCGCUGAGCUAGACGGUGGCUGUGACAAUUGUAAGACGCUCCUGACGGUGGCUUUCCAGAUCCUUGUCACUGGUCCGACUAUCUAUGAAGAACUCCAAAUGGAUAAAUGGACCACCUCAGUCGAUACCUUGAUUAGCUCCACUAUUACAAAGGUUAAAGCCAUGCUUAACUGCCAUGAUGGACAGUGAGAGCUGUUUCACAGUUCUCAAACUAUUUGGUUCUGUUUCUUUUAUUUCAAAUAAUGCUUUGAGUGAGAAGACUAUUCUCCGAUAUGAUUCUCUAAUGAAUCAGACUCGUAUACUUUCAUUCUUUUGGUUGGUUUUCAAACUUAUAAUAAUUUCUAAGGGAAGGCCCUUAGAUAAACAAUGUUAUGUUUGUUGCCGGUUUGGCUUUGUUUGUUUAUGAUAUCUAUACUAUAUUAAAAGGGAUAUAUGAAGGCU